CAAGGUGUCAUAACGUCAUAUGUCAUAUAAUAAAUUUGGGCGGAUAUACAACUCGUGUGAACACACCAUCUUACUUUGUGUCCUAUUUCAAUUAUUAAUCAGCUGAUUGCGAAUAAACUAAAAAAUAAUGCCACGGGAAAGUGAGAAAAAUAAACUAAUUGCUGAAUUAUGUGUAAAUCAGGUUAUCGACAUGAUUUUUGCAGAUUCAAGCGAUGAGGAGGAGCAAGAUGAAGCGGACGAACGCUUCAUGAUGAACAUGUUAAGCCUUUUGUGCAACCGCAGAAGUAUUCAUUUGGGAAUUCCAAAAUCUGCUGUUUGGCACCGGCGUGUACUGAAUAGUUUUGACGACAGGAGGUUUAAUCAAAUGGUUCGCGUACGACCCGAGGAGUUUGGUAUUGGUGAAAGCAAUAUCUCUACAGAUGCAAUGGCUGAAAUCAAUCCAAUUUGGGAAUUUUAUAAGCGUUUAUAA